UUUUAAUAAUAAUCAAAAUAUAUUACAAAAUGUGCAAAAUAUCUUUGCUGUGGUUGUUAAUUGGCUUAUCCGUACUGUUUGCCAUCGAGUGUGCAGAAAUAUCCUAUGACACGCUUCGUAACAAAAUCAUCGAUGCUGAACGCUCAGUCGCAGUUGGUGGCAAUAUUUGGUUAACAUCGGCGGAAGACAAAGCCAACAGCAUACUAAUGAAUGCCAAACGGGCAGAGAUAGCCGAAGGCUUAAAGACGCCCGAAAAAUUUCCACCCGCAAUGCAUUUCUUCCAGGGCAAACAGUACCUGCGCCAAAGCGAAGUAUUUCGUAUUAUGCAAAAGUUACCCAAGGGUGCGCUGCUGCAUGGACACAAUACGGGCAUGGUCAGUUCACGUUGGAUUAUUAGCAAUUUAACCACCCUGUAUAACCUGUAUACCUGCCGCGAUGUGAACGGACUGCUGAUGUUCACCUAUGAGCAGAACAAAUGUCACAGUGAAGUGCAAAAUGUUUGCUUGGAACGCAUUAACGCCGAGGAUCGCCGACUGUACGAACGACAACUGGAGAAACAUAUUAACAUGUACACUGUACAUCCGGAAUCUAUGAUUACGGAUAAACGCAAGAUUUGGCAACGUUUCCACAACAUUUUUAAGAGUGUAGAGAACUUUUACAGUUAUCAACCGGCAUUCUGCAACUACCACAAGCGAUUGCUGGAAGAACUAUGUGAGGAUAAUAUAUUCUAUGCGGAAUUGAGAUCACCUCUAACGCCGCUAUAUGGCGACAACAAUCGAACAUUCAAUGCGCUCGAAGUAGCCAACGAAAUGGAAGCUAUCGUGGAGGGCUUUAAGGCGCGGCACCCUGACUUUGUGGGCCUUAAGGUCAUCUAUACAAAGCCAAAUCAAGCGUCCGUGGAUGAAAUGGCACAACACUUAACAACUUUUAAGCAACUGCAUGAUGCCAAGCCAAACUUCAUUAUUGGUUUUGAUUUGAUUGGCCAAGAAGAUGCCGGUGAUCCGCUGCACAAAUUCGUCAAUGAAUUAACAGAUAUGCCAGCAACUGCCAAUUUUUUCUUUCACGCUGGCGAAACAAAUUGGUUUGGAAAAACCGAUUGGAAUCUCAUGGACGCGCUACUGCUGAACACGAAACGCAUCGGUCAUGGCUACGCACUGCCAAAACAUCCAAACAUUUGGUCAACCGUCAAAAAACGCAACAUUGCCAUCGAAGUUAGUCCGAUUUCAAAUCAAGUAAUGGGUCUUGUUUGGGAUUUGCGGAACCACCCGGCCACAUUUUUAAUAGCCGAAAACUUUCCAGUUGUCAUAACGGCCGAUUAUCCAGGCAUGUGGAACUCGAAAGGGCUGAGUUAUGAUUUCUACUACACCUUUAUGGCGCUGGCGCCUGCUGAAGCUGACCUGCGGUUUCUCAAACAGCUCGCUUUGAAUUCAAUAAAGUACUCCAUCUUAACGUCAGAGGAGCGCCGCAAAAUGAAUCGCGUUUUCCAGAAGAAAUGGGAGGAGUUUAUUUACAAUGUGAUUAAUUUGAAAUUCUAAAUCAACGUUUUUAUUCGUUAAGUAAUAUAAUAUU